UUUUACUAACCCAAAGUCCAAUCACAUUUGGGUCAUUGGACUAUUCAAUUGCAAUUGAAACCCAACACAAAGUCCAAAACACUCAUAAAGUCUAAACAUUUGAAUAAGUGAUUCUUUUCACUCGUAAGAAGCCAAAAUUCGCCAUGAGAGAAGAACAAGUCUCUGAUUGCGGAUCGAUUACUCUUGAAGAAUGGAAUGGUUCUUCUUCCACUAAGCUAUUCAAAACAGCAACCAUCACUGCCUCCUCUUCUCUCUCUAUCCAAAGGUUCUUCUUUAUUCCUCUUUGAAAUCAAUCCAAAUCUGAUAGUUUCAGUGGAUUCACAACAAAAUUGAGAAACUUUCUUGGGUUUUCGUCUCCUGUGAGUGAUUCAUAGGUCUGCUAAUCGCUUUAAUCAUGUGUGGAGACGAGUUCUUCAAGCAUUUGUACCAGAGGGCUUUCCUGGCAGUGUAACUCCAGAUUAUGUAGGGUUUCAGUUAUGGGACACAUUACAGGGCCUCUCAACUUAUACAAAGAUGAUGCUUUCCACUCAGGCUCUUUUGAGUGCAAUUGGCGUUGGUGAGAAAUCCGCAACUGUUAUAGGUGCUACAUUUCAGUGGUUUCUGAGGGAUUUUACUGGGAUGCUUGGAGGUAUAUUGUUCACAUUUUAUCAGGGUUCCAACCUGGAUAGCAAUGCAAAAAUGUGGCGCCUAGUUGCUGACCUUAUGAAUGAUAUUGGAAUGCUAAUGGACCUUCUUUCUCCUUUGUUUCCAUCUGCCUUUAUCGUUGUGGUUUGCUUAGGGAGCCUAUCAAGAUCAUUUACUGGUGUUGCAAGUGGAGCAACCAGAGCAGCUCUAACACAGCACUUUGCUCUUCAAGACAAUGCAGCGGAUAUAUCUGCUAAGGAAGGAAGCCAAGAGACUAUGGCAACUAUGAUGGGUAUGUCAUUGGGAAUGUUGCUAGCUCGGUUUACCUCUGGAAACCCUAUGGCUAUUUGGCUUUCGUUUCUCUCUCUCACCGUGUUUCAUAUGUAUGCAAACUAUAGAGCUGUCCGGUGUCUUGUAUUGAAUUCAUUAAACUUUGAGAGGAGUUCAAUUCUUCUAACACAUUUCAUUCAAACUGGCCAAGUUCUCUCUCCCGAACAGGUUUCUUCAAUGGAGGGUGUAUUGCCCUUGUGGGCCACUUCAUUGAGGUCAACGAAUUCAAAGCCAUUGCAUAAGAGAGUGCAGUUAGGUGUGAGAGUUUCCUCUCUCCCUCGUCUAGAUAUGUUGCAGCUGCUAAAUGGUGUUGGAGCUUCUUCAUACAAGAAUGCUAAGUAUUUAUUGGCUCACAUAAAGGGAAAUGUUAGUGUGAUCUUGCACAAAGAUUCAAAACCUGCAGAUGUGUUGAAAUCAUAUAUUCAUGCCAUUGUUUUGGCAAACCUUAUGGAAAAGAGCACAUCUUUUUAUUCAGAAGGAGAAGCUUGGAUUGAUAAACACUAUGACGAAUUGCUCCACAAGCUGAGAUCAGGAGGUUGGAAAACAGAGCGUCUUCUUUCGCCUUCCAUUACUUGGAGAGCUAAUUGGAUAUCUCACACUUCCGCUGCUAAGUUCGACUGAGCUUUAUCGCCUUUCAAGAUCAAAAUAGUUUGUUAACUCGUUGCAAACAUACAAAAAUAUGUUAGUUCUAAGUCAUGUAAAACAUGUAACCGAUACCGGUUUAACCGUAAAAUGUCGGUUUAACAUUGUAUAACGUUUGUUAUUAAUGGAAAAUUAAAGAAUUAUAAUAA